AUGAACAUUGAUGGUGAGAUUCCAAUCGCUUUUCUAGAUCUUGCUGGAUCGGAAAGAGCCUCCGACAGCCACACAGCCGACAGUAUCCCUCAAUCAUCAUCUGCAAGUUUGAGGCCAGUUGAAUUCCCACCUUCCGCAGCGAGCAGGAUUCAAACUGAUUUUGUUAUUCCCCAGCUUUUCGCCGAACAUCCUAUCGACGAAAGUACAUUAUUACAAGACGGCAGCCAAAUAGUAGAUGAGGAAACCCCUGCUGACAUGGAUAGUCCAUCGUUUACGUCUGAGCCUACUUCCGUUGAAGCCAGUAUUCUUCUUGAAGGAUAUGUUGGCAUAGAGGCAAAGGAGCCGAAUUUAGCUGCUCGACCUGAAAAGCCCGUGCUGAGAAAGCCCGGUCAGCCACCCCGUCUUCAAGCUCGCAAGAAGCUUAUGAGUGGCUCGCGAAGUGAUUCAGGACUGGCGAGGUGA